CUUAUUAUUGUUGUCAGUUUGUUGUAUUGUGUUGUGGUUAUACAAAUUGUGUGAAAUAAUAAAUUAUAAAUGAAAUGGAGAAUGUACUAGUACUUAAAGAUUACAAAACUGUGCCGGACAUUGUGCACGAAUACAGUCCGACGCUUAAAUUUGGCCAUAUUCCGUUAGUUAUAGAUAAUGGUUCCUAUCAAUGCAGAGUUGGUUGGUCAAUUAAUGAUGAACCUAACCUGAUAUUUAAGAACUUGAUAGCCAGACCUAGGAAGGACCGAUGCAAGAAAGAUGCUGAACCUCCUGCCACUCCACCAAUACAGAUUGGCAACGACAUCAUUAAUAUAGAAGCAGUAAGAUUCCAGCUAAAGACUCAGUUUGAUAAGAAUGUAGUCACACACUUUGAGGCCCAGGAGCAAGUAUUUGACUACAUCUUCUCACACUUAGGCAUUGACAAUGAUGGCAGUGUUCCUCACCCUAUUGCUCUGACAGAAGCCUUCGUUACACCCAAUUACUCUAGACAGUUGAUGUCUGAGCUGCUGUUUGAAGGCUAUGGUGUUCCCGGAGUGAGCUAUGGUGUGGAUUCAUUAUUCAGUAUGUACAAGAAUGACAUUGGCGACACAGCUCUCAUUGUCAACUGUGGCUACCACACCAUACAUAUUAUACCUGUAAUCAGGGGGCAGGUGAUUGUGGAUCAUGCUAGAAGGAUUAAUUUAGGGGGCAGUGAAAUGAUUUACUACUUGCACAAGCUCCUUCAACUGAAAUAUCCAGUACAUGUGAAUGCUAUCACCAUGUCAAGAGUAGAGGAAAUACUUCAGGAGCAUUGCUCCAUAGCUCUUGAUUAUCAGGAAGAAAUCAGAAAAUGGGCAAACCCUGAUUACUAUGAGGCCAAUGUGAAGAGAAUACAGCUACCUUAUGUGCAAGCUGCUACCUCAUCUGGUUUGACAGCUGAACAGCAAAAGGAACGAAAGAAAGAGAUGGCGCGCCGAUUGCUCGAAAUAAAUGCAAGGAAACGCGAAGAGAGACUUGCUGAGGAUGAAGAACAGCUAAAUCAACUUCUUGCUAUAAAGGAUAUGAUAGAGGAUGGCGAUACCGAUGAAUUCAAUGAAGCCAUAAAAGGAUUUGAUAUCAAAAGCUAUGAAGAUCUUCAGAGACAAAUAUCGAAUAUACACAUGCGCAUAGAGAAGAACAAACAGCGGAUUGUUGCGGCUGCUACUGCCGAAGAGAACUUGGAAACUCGUCCGACUGGCCGGUUGAAUCCGCCUACUGAGCCAGAGGCGUUCCAAACGUGGCUCAAUGAGACGCGAUCUAAGUAUCGCGAACUAGUAGCACGUCGCGAAGCUCGCCGUGCCCGUCGCGCCGCGAUGGUGAAGCGACGCACGGCUGCGGCCGCUGAACGUAUGCGAGUCAUCUCCCGCCUUGCUGCGGCCGGAGACGACUUCGGAAACCAAGACUCUGAUUGGGAUGCGUAUAAAAGUAUAAGUCGCGAAGCUGAUUCCGAUUCGGAAGCUGACGGUGAACGUCUCAUGGAGUUAGAGGAAGCGCUUCGUGAAUAUGAACCUCCUCCAGCGAAUUCCAGUCAACAUCAUCAACUGCACUUGGCUAUAGAACCGCUAAGAGCUCCAGAGCUAAUGUUUCAACCUUCAAUGAUGGGCAACUUAGAAGCAGGGUUGGCAGAAACUAUGGAGUAUGUGUUCAAACACUUUAGUCCUGAAGAUCAGCUGCUGUUAGCAAAUAAUGUGUUCCUCACAGGAGGCAGUUCUCAAUUCCCAGGACUAAAAGAAAGACUCGAAAGAGAACUUCUAGAAAUGAGACCGUUUCAAUCUACUCACAAGGUAGUGGUGGCCAAGAACCCCAGUCUGGACGCUUGGUACGGAGCCAGGGACUUUGCUGGUAGCAAUGAGUUUGAAAAUUGGUGUAUUUCGAAAGAAGAGUAUUAUGAGAUGGGUGGAGAGUAUUUGAAGGAACAUUACGCAAGUAACAAGUAUUACAAGAGCCCAGCACCGAUUGUUGAUAAUACUCUCGCGCCGUCCAUCGAUGCCAACGUCGUGAAAGAAGAAAUAGUUGUGGAUUGCUAGAUGUAAGGUUUGCUUGAUUAAAGUUACUUAUUCAGUACA